GGUCACACUGUGACUCAUGUAAGUAAAGGUAAACAAAACAAACGGCUCUCUGCUGUAAUUGGAAUAUAUAGAGCAGCGCAUAGAUAAGCAAAAUCAGUUGCAUUGUGACCUCGACAGCAAAAUCAAAAGUAAAAUGCUGCCACUGCCAAGUAUAGAUCAGGAACUACGCUGUCCCGGCUUCUGCGAUUGCCACCUGCCCAACUGCGUCGAUGUGGCCAAUCACAAGGGACACAUACCCGAUCUAGUCAAGUGCCGUUGUGGCGAGGACAGCGGCAACGGUCUCGAUUGGCAAUGGCAUCAUUCAGAAGAGUCGGAUGCUCAAAUCGUUGGCCGUGACAUCAUCUUCCAUCCCACGUACAGUCAGGGCACGACAAUUGUGCGCGGCGAGCAGCCGCUGCAGCUGGGCAAGGUGCACUUCUGGGAGAUGCGCGUCAUCACAGUGCUGGCGGGCACAGAUGUGAUGUUUGGCAUUGGAACUGACAGCUUCAAUUUGGAGCAGUUUAAAUUUCAUUUCGUUUCCGCACUGGGCACAAAUUCCCAAUCCUGGGGCUAUUCGUACAAUGGCAAAAUUCAGCACUGUGGUGAUCAGUUGCCCUAUGGCCAGAAAUUCUCACAGGGCUGCUUGGUGGGCAUCUAUUUGGAUCGGACGCGUGGCCAUUUGGAGUUCUAUUUGAAUCGUCGUUCGUUGGGUGUUGCCUACACAAAUAUACCCACGGAUCCGAAUGUGAAGAUCUAUCCUAUGGUCUGUUCGACAGCUGCCAAGUCUGUUGUACGGCUAAUUAAUUCCACAUCGGUGGCGGCCACAUUGCAGCUGAGAGCAUUUGAGGCGCUUGCCAAGCAGCCCGUCAAACUCGAGGAACUGCGUCAAAUGCCCGGCCUGAAAAGCAUCAUGCAAUUGUAUUGGUUUCUGGCGCCACCAGUGCGAUAUUCCCGUUGCUCCCGUGAUCCCGAUCUGGAGCUGGGCGAUGAGGCGGUGCUCUCCAGCUCCAAGCUACGUUUGGGCAGAAAGCAUAAAUAUCGAGAGAGCGAUGAUGUCAACAUUGAUGAUGAUCUAGAUCUAUAUGCGAAUGCGCACAAAAUACCGCCGAGACGCAGGGAGCGGAGCAGUGAUGAGGAAUAUGCGUCGAGCAUUCACGAGUUCUGUGAUGAAUACUUUCAUUAUUUGUUGUAGCAUUAUCUAAUUAGCCAGGAUCACAUUGAGCUCUUGGCAUUUAAUGAAAAUCAAUGUACUUUAAUUAGUUGAAUAUAUAUAUGUGAUGCAGCAAAUACUCUUUAUCUCUCCAAAUAUCUUUGUAAAUUAGAGUAAAAUUGAUGGACUCACUGUGUUCGUGUUUUGUUUUUACAAUGAGACGAGUCCGUCUGGUAUACAUACUUUUUGGACACACUGUGGAUUUAUUUUAAAAAGUAUUGGCUUGAAAUAUAUAUGUGUAUAUCA